UCACUAGCGGGCCAAAAUGAAAAGGCCAAGAAAUGUUACCAAAACCCAAGAGUUGCCCCUGCCCUGGGCGUGCGGUUUUGCACCGGAUCCGAACGGGUUUUUUUUUAUUAUGUCGUGACUUCGUGCCAGUGUGUGCACGAGUUUGAGUGUGUGUGUGUGUGUGAGAGAGAGAGUCGGUCGGCGUGUCCGCUACACCGUACGGCUAUGGCAACAAAUGAUAGAGAGCUGAACGCGAUCAAGUGGUUCCGUGUGCAGGCGUGUUUGCCCCUGCGGAGCAAACCAGGGACUGUCAGGGACAAACGGGCGGAGACGUGGCGGAGAGGUUUAGGGAGACAGUUUGGCGAUGUGGCGAUGUGGUACUACUAGCAGGCACGUGUUCCCCUACAGAUGUAUGUGUGUGAUUUCUUAAUGUGUUUGUGACGAUCGUUAGACGAUCGAGCGUUGGACGUGGAAAACGAAAUUGUCCAACAGUUCCUCCCUCUUUAGCCACUCUCUCCUUCCCCGGGUGUUAGCGAGCGCUUUCAUCACCUCCGAAAAGAAGAAGAAGAAGCAAAAAACAGCGCACUGGCAAACGAUCCGGGAAAAGAUCAACCAUAUUUAUGUCCCGUGCAACGAGUCCCGUGCAAAAAGGUCAUGGAGAAGCCUGGUGUUUCUUGAUCGUUCGCCAGCGCUCGAACAACUCGGCCCGGUUGAACACAACCCGUAAGAGGAUGUUGUGCCUUGGCUUAAUUGGGGUGGACCGUAUUACAUUUGUGGGGCGGCACAUACAUUUCCUUACUACUUCGAUCCCGCUUCUAGCUUCCGCCCAUAGCAGUGAUUAGUGGUUUUAGUGCGGUAGCUGCUACCGGAGACUACACGGGACAGGAAUUCACAACACGCAGCGAUGCACUGGGAGUAAUUGACAGUUGUUCAAUUAGUGAGGACGUUCAAUUCAGUGUGGCCUCUGCCACUCGCAACUCGCGAUAGUUGAGCGGAGCCGCUCAAUAAAUUGUCUAGCGCUGUUGGAGCUGUCCGACCCAGUGAAAAUAAGUGAGUGAGAUUGUGUUGAAAAGAUCAGCGUGUGUGUGUGUGUGUGAUAAAGAUUGCAAAACGACACUCUGCCUAUGGAGAGGAAGGAGGAGAAGGAGAAGGAAAAGGUGAAAGCACAUCGCAAACGUUCCGGUGAGCAUCAGCCGCUGCACUCGACGAGGCGGGAAACACUGCCAACACCACCGCCGGAUCCAACUGUCGCCGCCGCCGCCGCUGCCGCUGCACCGUCCGGUCCAGUCGUCGAGGGCGAUGCGUACGCCUGCACCGGCAGUUACGCCGAGACGGACCCGUUCAAGCGUCUGUUCACGUACCGGGAGCGGGAGGCACAGUUCCUGCGGUUGCUGUGUGAAGGCGAUCCGGCGACGGCGGUACAGGAUGGCGGUGGUGUUGGGUGUAAGAAGCCACCCGGUCCGUGCCACUCCCAGUCGCUACCCGGGAGCAACGCGAAGGAGCCCGAUACGCCGGACGCGCCGACACUGGGCAGGAACGAGCCCGGGUUCGAGUCGGCGAACGAGUUCCUGAUGCUGCUGAACCGUGCCGGCCCAUCGGUGGCGGCCGCCCUGUCGACGAAGGAUGCGAUCGACCAGCUCGAUCGGCUGCACGAGCUGAUCGGGCAGAUGCUGACGCUGCAGGAGCAGAACAUGCGCAUGCACUGGCAGCUGAAGAACGUCGAGACGCUGCGGAAGCUGAAACUGAUGCAGCUGGCGAUGGCCAAAGAUCCGGACGCGUUCAUGGUCGGACUGCCCGAGGACACGUCCGACAAUGAUCUGCUGGACAGCGAGAUCGGACCGAAUCUGGCCCUGCUGGAAACGAUCCUGGCCGCCGGUAACUCUGCCAGCAGCAAGCGCAGCAGCUCGAAAAGAGAGCGUAGCAAAUCGGUGAUCAACGACGAGAUCGGUAACUUUCAGCUGCAUCGCAAGGAGAGUGGCGGUGGUGGUGGUGGUGGUGGUGGCAGUGGCCGCAACUAUCCGCUCCGGCGCCAGAGUGCCAUUUCCGACUUCAAGCCGAAGGUGUCCAAGUGGACGAAGGUGAAGGCGGCCUUCAAGUGGGAAAAGACCAGCGCACUGCCCGCGAACGAGAUCAAAAGCACGGAAGCGAUGAUGAUACCGGUCAACAACGAGGUGGCCAGAUAUCUGCGCGUACCGUCCAUUCCGUGCGUUGGCAGCUCGGGCGAUUCCGUGUUCAGCUCCUCGUCCGGCAUCGUGGUCAGCGGUGGCUCUGCUCCCGGCACGCCCGGUGAGAACAGUUUGGCCAGCUCGGCCGAAAACCUUACCGACCUGAACGAAGAAGCCGGCGCCGCGACGGGCCAGCGAGAGAGACACGGCAAGCGAGACUCGGUGAAGAGCACGGAACGGAGCAGCCAGGAGGAGGAUGCGCGCCGAUCGCGGUCCCUCGAUGGGGAAGCUAUUCUCGAACCGAUUCGUCAGAUGGAUAAGAACAAGAACAAAUCGGCCUGGAGCAAGGUGAAGGGUAUUGUGAAGAACCACCGCGGCUCGCUCAAGUCGAACGAGUCGCGGCGGGACGCGAAACCCUCCAACAGUGUCGGCUGCAGCCGGGAGGCGAGUCCGUGCGAGUCGAUGGAUGCCUGCGAGAUGAUGCAGCGCGACCGGUCGGAUUCGUUCUCCUCCAGCCAGGCGUCACCGGGCCACCGGUCGUCGGCCAUGACACCGACCUUUCUGCUGCUACCGGCAGCAUCCCCUGGGUCGGUGGCGGCUGCUGGUGGUGGUGGUGACACCAGUGCCCCGAGCGGUCCAAACUCCCCGUGCAGCUCCAUCCCGGGGACGCAGGGCACGUUUUCCAGCGGCGAGGAUGGCGAAUGGCGACCGGCGCCCGAGGGUCGAACGACGCGCAGCGGCAGCGGGGACAGGGGUGUACCGACGGCCACCCUGGUAACGCCCGGCACGGGUCGGGGAUCGCGCAAAAGCAAACACAUACCUGAAAUUGAAUCCGUACCUGAAGGAGUCCCGGUGGAGACGAGGUCACCCAGCAACUCCCAGCACACCAACAUGACCAGCCACAACACUACCGCCACCACCACCACCAACAGUAGUAGCAGCAGCAGCAGUAUUAGUAAGCUAAGAAAAUCGCCCCCCAAACCGCUCAGCCUGCACCGGCAGCCGGACUCGAUCGAUGUGUUGAGCACGGACCCGGCGGCCCAAUCGGACGUGGCGGUUGCGCAACUUGGUGCCGCCUCAUCGCCCGGUCCGAAGUAUUCGCCGAAGCGCAAAAGCUACGCCGGGAUUUGCCUCGAUCCGGAUGGCUGCGGCUCGCUGCCGGGCAGCCCAUCCGGCAAGCAGUUUAGCUUCUUCGCCGGCCCCGCCGAUCGGAUGGUUGCGGAACUGAUCGAGCCAGACUACUCGAGCGGCGAUGUGUCGGAUCAGAAUACGCCGAAGCGACGACCGUCACCCAAAUACCAUCAUCGGACGUUGCAGCGCCAGCGGGAGGAAAUCGAACGGCGGUAUCAGGAGCUGCAGCAGAAACUUCAGCAUGAGUUCGAUGCGAAGCAGCAGGAGUGGGAACGGAUGCGCCCGGCCGCAGUUAUGCUGAACAAUAGUCCCUUAUUGCUUCUAGUGAACCAGCUGCUGAAGGAGGAAGCUGCCGGGGCGGCAGGGAUGCAUGGUGCCAAAGCCCAACCACCGCCGAUCGUGGAGGACAAUCUGACGCCUGAUUUUAAGAAGAAACUCAACGAAUGGCGCACCAAGCACCAGCCGGGCGUGGAUGCCAAGAAGAAACCCAUCACCGACUGGCAGCUGUGGAAGACGGGACAGAUCAAGCUGGAAGGGCAGGGACUGAAGCAGCUGCCCGAUGCAAAGGAUUUGCCGGAAGAUUUUCAGAAAAAGUUGUCUGAAUGGAAGCAAAUGAAGGCAGCGAACAAAGUCCCGUCCUAUACGACGCAGUCCUCCCAGGGUGAUAGUGGAGCGUCGAUGAAGCGCCAGCAAUCGAAAGCGUCCGGCGGUGCGGUGAAGAAGUCGAAAACGUCCGACGAGCUCGAGAAGGAACGGCACCAUCAUCAGGCAGCACAGCAGCAGCAGCAGCAGCACCACCACAACCAGCAGCAGCACCAGCAGCAGUAUCUACCGAAAGCGGAAGGUCUGUCGAAGCUGAAGGCACUCGUUACCACGUCGGAGGCGCCCAAGAAGGAGCUGGUAGUGCAGACGACCAAGGGUUUCAUCAAGUUCGAGGGCAUUUCGCGCAAGUUCACCCGGAAGCUGUUCGAGUGGGAAAAGGCCAAAGGCAUUGGGCCGGAAGCGUCCACCAUUGCGCUGUUGCAUCCGGGCUAUGCGCCGGUGGUCGUUGAAACGAGGGGUGUAGUGCUGGAGAACAAACGAGAAAAGUCACCAGCCUUAGCAAGAUCACUGUCGAUGGACAGCAUAGCGCCUAUCCCUUCGGCAUCCUCCAUAUCACACCAACCGUCCAGCCUUUCGCUGAACGACGCCGACGAGCUGAAGGACGUCGAUAAGGACAGCGGUUCUAACCGGCGUGUAUCGUCCAACCCGGAGCUGGAGCUGUCGGCUGAACGAGAAGAACCGGGUGCCGUCCUAGUGGAGGUUGAGGACGAAGUACUGGAGGUGGCUGACCCACUGCUGAUGCCGGUACUGCCGCCAGAGGGCGAACGACGACGAGAAUCGACCACACUAGGAGUGAACCAGAAAGCCAAAGAGCCUGGAUAUUCGUCGAGACCGUCCAGCAACAGCAGUACCAUCCUGAAGGACUCCACCAAACUGCUGAUACGCUUGAGCGAACAGGACUCGGUCAACCGGGACGAGGUGCGCCGGCUAAAGAUCGUGCUGCGCGCCCUGAUCGCCACACUGCCCGAGUUCGUCGAGACCGGCUCGCGUGAUAGUAUUGCAUUUUUCGCCUACAUGAAGGAUCUGGCCCUGGACGUGCUGCGCCAGCUGCAUCGCUUCGACGACGGUACGCUGCGGGACGCGGGCGAGGUGCUCGGCAACGUGCAGUCCAUCAACGGGUCGGUGGCCGAGCUGAAGAAAUCGCUUCACUCCUACAUGAAGUACGCUUCCGCGCAGGCGGCAAACGGAGGCCGCUCGGCGAAGGACGAGGACAUACCCCAGAUCAGUAUUACACCGGCCGUUGGUGCGCAGGCAACGUCCUCGAUCCAGCGGACGGACGAUUCGUUCCGCAGCAUGGCCACCAUCAACGUGACGCCGACCUUCGUGUGUAAUGCGGUGCGCGUCAACACGGUGGAGCUGAUGCAACCGAACCCAUCGUCCGUGGUGCGUCGGUUCCCGGUCAGCUCGGAAUCGGAACCGGCUCCGCUUACGUCACAAUCACCAGAUUCGUCGGCUUACGCUCAACCGCAAGCUGCCCAGUGCAAGCUGGACUCGCCGGAGAAGGAUGUACGCGAACCGGGCGCCGGCAAGAAGCUGCAGCGCAAUCUCAGCAACGGAAGCCGGCGGAAGGCACGCAUCAAGCGGAUGGGCUCGCGGCAGAGCAGCAAAACCGAGAGCGACAGUGACGACAGCCCGCAGAACUAUGUGCUCGAUGUGCCGCGCAAAGCCAAGCGCAAGACGAGCCGGGCGAAGAAGCCAUCAUCAGACUCGAUGGAGAAGCUAGCGACAGCACCAGCUGGAGGGGAAAAGGUGUGCGAAGAUGUGGUUUAUGUGUUGAAAAUCAAGCCCGGACAGAAGAUUGAACAGGUGGAGCGACCUCAACCACAGAAUGCGUCCCUUGGAAUGGCUCCCGGGGAUGAGGUUCUUAUUUCUCCCCAAGAAACGUGCGUUGAGUUGAUGGAGGUUGGGACACAGUCGACCAUCCAGCCGUCGGUCACGUGCACUGCCAGCGUGUUGGUGAAAACGAAGCGCAAAAUCUUCACCACCGUCGACGGUGACAACCUGUCGGCGGGAGGAGUCGCAGGUCAACCGGUCGCCAUCAGCCAAGAGCUGGAGUCAGGCUCGGGUGCAUCGGAUCGAAACGAUGCCCCCGAAACGGUGGUAAACGUGGUACUAUCGUCCCCCACUCCCCAGGAACAGAAGAUCGUCACCAACCUGCCCCCGCUGCCACAAUCCCCCAGCAUGCAGCGACGCAUGGACGCGUCGAAAGCGCCCAACAAGGAGCUUUCCCCCAACAUUCGACUCAUGAUCGCCAAGUACAACCAGCGGCUGACGACCGAAAAGGGAGGUGCCUCACCGCACAGCUCGGGCUCGUGUUCGCCCGUCGCGUGGCGCUCGCCCGUCCUCGAUCGGCGCGUGCGCAAACAGACGGAAAAGUACCAGGAAACGAUUCAGCUCUCCAAGUCGGCCAGUGCUGGAAGUUUGCGCAAAUCGCUCAAACAGCUGGAGGAGGAAAAAGAGCGCGGUACGGACUCGAACCGGGGUGAGUUUGGUGCCGAUCGAGACCGGACCAGAGUGCUGAAGUCGUUCAGUGCAAGCAAAAUUGAGGGCACAAGCAAGGAUGUGAUUGAGCGUGAGCUUGGCAGUGGCGGAACGGAAAAGGAACCUUCACCCGAGCUCGGGACGUUUCUCGCUUGUGAUAGUCUGCGAAGGCGUGACACGUUAUCCCGGCUGGAGCGAACGCGAGAGCAGCAACAACAGCAGCAGCAAACGGUUGCAAACGACCCGUCCGCAAGCAUUGCCAGCUCUCCGUCCUGCCAAACGAUCACCAGUGCGACGGGCACGAUCCGGAAGGAACGGCUGUACAAAAAGCGCACCGAGUCACCCAUCGCCACGGGGACGGGCACGGGAAGCAUCAAGAAGUCGGCGGGUCGUACCGAAAAGUACACACGCUGCCGAUCCGUACCGAAUGAAGAGUGCGCGGUGGAGGUGCUGAUCUCUUCGAAAGCACUGAAACCGCCCAGCCCACGGUUGAUCGCCCGGCGGAGGCUUAAUCUCGAGCAGCAGCAGCAGCAGCAACGUACGGGGGAGUUCUCGAAAUCCGCACCAACCACUCCGCUGGAGGAGAACCGCAGCAUACUGGUACCGCUCAGCCAGCGAGCGCUGAAGCUGAAGAAAGCGAAGGAAGACUUCCUGCGUGCUCCGCUCGGUGGCGAUAGGGCGGCCCUCGGGAACGGUUGUUCCCAGGAGGCAGCAGAGCAUCAGCCGUGGAGCAAUCGGAUCAGUCAAAUCAGUGCGACCAGUACGGCCUCGUCCAGUGUGGUCGAGGGAGAGCUGACACUGCUCAUGAAGAGUGCAAGUGCUGGGGUGAUCGGAGCACGAUCGGUGCCCGAUCAUGAUGGUACGGUCACGUUGCGACGCAACGAAUCCGGAUCGUCGUACGUUGAGGGGGAGCCUGGUCCACCGGGAGCAAGCUCGCGGCACAGUAUCAGCACGGGCAGUACGGCUGGAGUGGCCACCGGUUCCAUUGCCGCGGGCAGUGGCGGAAGUCGGUUCGGUGGUCUUUCGAAUCUCGCCUCGAAGCUGCGCAAGGUGAAGCUGCGGCGCAGCAGCAAGGAUCUAAGCAAGAUGAACGCCAUUUCCGCACUGUGUCGGCAGAGCCUGAUGGUGGACAUUAGUGGUGAGGCCGCGGCAAAGAUGGGCAGUGCGCAGAGUCUCGGUUCGCCGCGCCGGGCUGGCCGUGAGGAUGGUGAGCAGGAUGAGGGCCGGGAUGGAGACGGUGCUGAACCGCUGAAAAAGUCCGGCAGUGUACAGGCCAUCUGUAAUCGCUUCCGGCGUAGCGGCGAACGUAGCGAUGAGUUGAAGAAGAGCCGUAGCUUAGGAUUUCUCGAGCCCGAUCGGAAGGGUUCGGGAUGAGCGCAAAGAAUCGUAGGGAGAGUAUGUUGAAGAUAUUUAGAGCCAAGUGGUUGGGCAUUAAAACAGAAGAAACAAAAUGGAUGCGCUAGAAGAAUCGGAUGUAAAUGAUAUUGCGAUGUUCUUUUUUGUAUGUCUAUGGAGUUGCGCUUGCUGAAAAAGGAAGGGCUGUGGAGUAUGUUCGAAAACCCGCUUCUCAAUUCUAUUGAUGUUCCGUCAUUUACGUUGUUCUACCGGUCUCUACUGUACAUGUUUUUCGCCCGUCCCAAAAGAAACGGAGCAUUGAUGUUUGUUUUCCCUCGAAUGAAAGCGAAAUAAAUGAAAUGAAAUCAGUACAACGUUUCACGCGACAGAGUACAUUCGGAAAGAAAGCAGGACAGUGGGCUGAGUGCGUUGACGGGUACAUUCUACGGGCUAGUAGUUGAAGAUUUGGAGCUGGAUAAACCGAAGGAACAAAAUAUGCAGCGUAAUCCCAUAUUCCAUUAUCGUUGCGCUACCCCUUCGCAAUGGAGUUGGUGCUGCUUGGUGCCGUCACUGGGUUGAUUACGCCCCUACCCACUGAGUGAUUACAUUGAUUUGUGUGAUCAGCUAUCUUAUCGAGCGAGCGCGGUACAAUUAAUCCACUCGUAAACCCCCGGGUCACCACCGUUGUGCAACGUGUUCCCGCACGAAAUUGGCAUUGGGUUUGGAAGGGAAGUGAUGAAACAGGUUCUUACCAAACUGAUGCCACGAUGGUCAUGUGAUGGUGUCGCUUGGAAGUCGCGAUCGCAUUCUUAGAGGGUUGAUCUUAGCACAUCUGACGUGUUCUUCCAGUAUUGACGACGUAUCGCCUAUUCGGCUCGGAAGUUCUGUAGGGCCGUUAAACCUUAGACAUUCUCGCCGCUAAAGCAAAUAACGUUGAUGAUGGAAUCGAGAUGAAUACAACAUAAAAACACACAUACACACAGCACCGUUUAUCUUAUCAGUUGAUGCCGCCGCCGGUCUCAGGUACACUGAGGUCCGUUGUUUAUUCAAGGUGCACCUCGUGGCAAACCACUGGCGAGGAGGAUGGAGGUUGGAGGUAAGGGCAGGGCGGCCGGCUGCGCAAUACUAGCGGACGGAGCUCGUACUGCAAGCAUGUGGAGCAUGUGUAACAGAACAAAAAAAAAAGUAAGAUGGUAGCGUUGUGUAUCAAUCAUUUUGGUUCAACGAUAAAGAAAUUCCUUUUUUCGCCUUUCGCCCCGUUGUUGUUGGGGGUACUUUUCGGUACAAAAAGCGCCUGCUAGCUGUAGCGUGGUGGGCCUUCUGGAUAAAGAGAUUUAUUGAGAAUGAUAUCAUCAAAUUUUUCCUUUUUUUCUAUCAAGGUAAUAGUUUGCAGUUGAUCAGUCGUUCGUCAAUGUCCUGGAACUCCUGAACAAACAUACUCUCUUCACAGAAACGAAGGACGCGACUCCGUCCUAUUUACUACUAAUCUAUAGGAUUAGUGUACAAAGGCAUUGAAAUUUCGUUGGAUGAUGUGCCCAAUGUUUUCGCGGAAUAUCCGCGUAGCAGUAAUCGUUUCGCGAUAAGCGCCUGGUCGCAAAAUAAAGCCCCAAAUUAAUGCCUACGUCUCGUAACUUGGGGACUUCUGGGAGCUCAGCGUUUGCGCACCUGAGCCCACCCGAGAAGCCCGAUCAUUGCGAUGAAGAUUAUAUGGCAUUUAUGGACCGAGCUAGCUAGCCUCCAGGUUCGAUUUAUGAUACCCCCGGCUCCGCAAGGUUGAUCAACUUCGAAACGGCGUUAUCUUCGGGGCUUUGUGUCUUGCGCUGCUUCACUUGCCUGCGUCUUCCCCAGCGAAUCGGCCGGGGAGGGGUGCAAAGAGAAACCCCAUUGCACAAGCAUCCGGCCGGCAUGUUUGGUGGUAGAACGCCGAUAAGCUUCCCUCCCAAAAACUCCUCCCAAGCCAACAUGUGCUCGCGGGUCGCAUCAACCUGCUGCCGUCAACCCACCGGUGCAUUGAGCGUUAUGUUGUAUUGCGCAAUGUCUGAUGAGUGUACCUGAUACUUUGAGAUGUCUUCCUUUAUAUUACCGAUCAAGCCAAUCCCAGCCAGUGGCUCGGAAGGACCAGGAAAUGCAUUUGAUUUCUGGAAGGAUCACUGUUUCUGGAACACACAAACACGGAGACUUCUUCCACUAAUCCUGUGGGUAGAUUGUUUUGGGUUGGGGUUCUGUAUCUCCUUGGGGAAGCGUGUACCGACCCUUCCUAUCGUACCAGGGUUUGCAAUUGUGUGCGUUGCGUGCGAUUGGUAAAACCUGCAAACUCAUGGCGCAACUUAUGAUCGAGUCCCGAGCUCUUCAUCGUACGAUCGUAUUGAUAAAGCGUGUGCGUAUGUGUGCCACGAUGGUUCAAUUUCGCAACAACACAAACAAGUCGACGUAUUCCAAUGUUCGAACGUCUUACGGAACUAGCAAAGUAAUUUGAGAAAUUUCGGAACCAUUUUUCUUCAGUUUGUGUUGUACUGUCCUCAGCCAUAAAAUAGACAUGCCCGACUUUGCAUCGAGAGCUUAAUCGGGCGCGAAGCCGCUUAUCGUUGAUAGUUCUUUUUUUCGGAAACGAGACCGCAUGUGUGCAUAACCGUACACCCCAUGCCCGGGCCCAGUUCCAGGGGCCCUAACACAUACACAAAAGAUCAAAAAAUACCAUAUCUUGUGCCCCACAGGUAAGUGUAGGUGAUUCCGGUGCGGAGGGACAACUUACCGCGGCACAGAGGCCAGUCGUUGUGAAGCGUUGCGUCCCGCGGAUGAGAAGGUGACGUUGAGCGAUUUUCCUUAUCGGUGAUUUCACACCGUCGCAGGAAGGGAACGGGGACCGCGGGUGCCGCGGGCUUGUGUGACCAGCGCCGUGUGUGUAUAAAUAUCGAUGGCACGUUCACAUCGACACUGAGUCACAUUUAUCUUGCGGAACCGCGGUCUUGUCCGUGCCACGGUGGUGUGCGUUACCUAUUUGAUAUGGCCCCAGGCUUCGAACGCGAUUGAUAACGGAUCGGUACGGUUUGUUUUUUCGUACACACGGACACACACACACUCAUUGAUAGUUGUGACCGAGGGCGGCCAUUUCGGUAUCGAUCGGAAGGGGUUGAUUUUGCCCUCCCCGUCCCGGCCCAACACGGGCCGGUGAUCCUGGAGCAUGCGGUGCGGCUGAUAACGGUUGCGCUCUGUCUCUCUUUCUGUCGUCCGCACAUCGCGCCACAUCGGUGAGGGCCCGGCUAGCUAGUCUGCCUCGCUUGUUGCACACUGUAGGCACUGAAGGUGACAAGAAAAAACGGCCAUCCGUUUAUCGGUUAUAAAAGCUGUGUACACUUUAAACUGCUCCUAUUACGGUGGAUCGCUUGGUGUGGAAAGGACCGGCGGUUCGGUUCCGGUGUGACACGAUUGGAGAGUUUGUCGAUGUGGCAUCGAUGCUCCCACACAAGAAGGGGCAGUGUGAAGUGAGUGCUUGAAGUGCUUGAACGAACGCUUGUUACAGUUGCAGUGAAUGCGAUAGGCAGUUAAUAGUGAAGUGUGGCCAAAUUGUGUGCGAAAAAAUGAUUGCGACGAAAACUCCUCUGCUGCAUCGCCGGCUUCUCACACGUUCACGCUACGAUCGUGGGUAUUUUAGAUCAUCGACAGACCAAGGCACUUUCGUCACUGGCACUGUAAGGCCGAGCAGAUGCGGCCUCAACCCAAACCCUCACUCGUGGUUCGCAUCUGCUCCCGUCCAGUGCUCUGUCCAACCAUACUGUCAGAUCUACUUCAUACCCAUGAAUGGUGGCGUGAAAGCGACGUGACUCAUGCGAUUUGUGCAAAAAGAAGAAGAAGAAAACGGUGCCGUGUGAAAAGGUGUGCGGUGGCGUCAUCCAAUGUAUAUGUAUAUCACGAUAUGGAAUAAGUGGAGUAGUGGUCUCAUCGCUUAGCUUCAGAAAAGUGAGAUUCUACUUCUCCGACUUAAUUCAUAUCUAGUUGAAUCAACAGUACCGUACGCCACCCUCUCAGCAGGCAGUUCGUACCGACUACAGCCAGCGUGCUUCCGGUUUUCGUAGUCGGAGCAGGCAACGCCCAGAAAAAUCGACAUACAGCGUCCUACAUGUCGACGAGCGUGCGGCGAAGCAAAGCGCCAGAAUGUAUGCAAUACACACAACACAAUUCAACACGGUUAUUCGAUCGUGGUCGUUUGCGUUUCGUUUUUUUCCCCUGUAGCCUUCACGCUGCUACAAACUAACACAAAUUGUGAGACUUUCUUUCGCAGUGACGCAAAUUAAAAGGACAUGGAUUUUGGAAUGUUUAAAUCCAUGUGGUAAGGCCCUCGAACUCCAUUCGCACUCAUCUCAAUUGGUUUUGAUUGUAGGGUUGUACUGCAUGCCCAACAGGCGAUAAGGAAUGGAAGCUCAACUCAACGUUGUCCCGAUUUGCGUGUCAAACUAACACCUCGUUACAAAUACACAAAUACACGUGAAGAGAGACAUAAUUGAGCACAUUUCGCGAACGUGCUAAACGUUUUAACGAGCUGCUGGCGCAAAACCUUACCACAGGAUUAGCGAAACUGCAACCACCCCCUGAGGGGAAAGUAGUACGGAUUAGAACUGUUUAUUUUGCAGCUUAUCAUUGCACCGUUGGAAGGAGCAUGUACAGCUUGCGGUGAUAUAAUAAUGAUCGGCAAACAGUGCGCGACUCGGCCACGGCGCGGAAUCCUGAUUAGUAGCGUACCAUGGCCAUACCAUGCCCAAGGAUAGCAGGUAAAGCAAACAGGCAGACCGAUAAUUACAGGGGCUCGCAGCCCGCAACGCUUCGUAGAGUGCGAUAAAACGCUAGUACGAUCGGCGGCGGGUUGUAAUCGUUUCGGGGCUCUGGAUUUUGUUAAUAUUUCUUUUUCGGAAAAUAAAAAUAAACAUUCCAGCCACUCGUUCCAGCCCUUCCCUUCCCGUUUUUACCUGUUUGCUUCGUGUAGGAUUUGUUGGAAAGGGAGUGUCUUCUAACCUUCCAAAGAUUAAUAACUCAGCUUUUACGAUCGCCGCGCAAGGAUCACCACCGCCAACGGGGGAAAGUCGAUCAAAAAGGGUUCAGUGCCGAGUGGAAAAAGGACCUCCUCAGUCUCCUUCGGCGCCCCGAAAAAAGGAUACGCUCGGCCGAGCGCUUUCCAAUCGAUCGAUUCGGUGGGUGUGUUUCGACAAAUUAGAGAAACUGACGAUAGAAAUAAAAUUUUAAUACCAUCCUUGAUCGUUGCGGGCCCGCAAACGGA